CUUGUUGGGGAGGAAGAAACUCUGCGCAGCGAGCAAGGAGGGAAAUGCAUUAACUUAAUUCAUCAACGCCGAUUCUUUGAAGAUAGCGAGGAAGAAAAAUUCCGAUCUGGGAUUUAUUUUGUCGCGAAAAACAAAAAGCAAAGAGAAAAACUUCCUGAAAUGACUGGGGUUCUGUGAGAGAGAGAGAGAGAGAGAGAGAGAGAGAGAGAGAGAGAGAGAGAGAGAGAGAGAGAGCGAGAGAGCUUCAACCCCGGUGAAUCGAGUUUUUUGUGCUCUCAUAUUUCAGUUGUAUCUCAGCAGUAAGAGGACUUGUUCGAAGCAGGCGGACUCUUUUGCACCGCUAAUCAUCUGCGGACUUUGAGUGCGCUUUAAAACAUUUUUUCCUAAAGACUCGCAGCCAAUAGAGCCUAUAAAAGGAGUUGUUCCUCAAGUCCGCGGCAAUGGGGGAGCAGCCGAUCUACACCACCAGGGCCCAUGUCUUCCAAAUCGACCCAACCACCAAGAAGAACUGGGUCCCUGCCAGCAAGCAGGCCGUCACUGUCUCUUAUUUUUACGACAGCACACGGAACAGCUACCGCAUCAUCAGCGUGGAUGGAUCCAAGGUGAUCAUCAACAGUACCAUAACGCCGAACAUGACGUUCACCAAGACAUCGCAGAAGUUUGGCCAGUGGGCGGACAGCAGGGCCAACACUGUGUUUGGACUGGGCUUUGCUUCAGAGCAGCAGCUGGCCAAGUUUUCUGAGAAGUUCCAGGAGGUAAAAGAUGCAGCCAAGGUAGUAAGGGAAUCUCAAGAAAAGGUGGAGACGAUGAGCAAUCACUCCCAGGAGUCUGGACGUGAGACGCCCUCAUCCAACCAGGCGUCCAGCCUUAAUGGAACAGAUGAUGAGAAAAUCUUCCAUGUUGGUCCGGAGGCUGCUGUACUGAAGACCGAGAACGAACGUCUCAAGACUGCAGUAGAACAGAGCAACACCAACGCCAAGAAGUGGGAAACAGAGCUGCAGACUUUAAGAGAAAAUAAUGCCAGGCUGGUGGACGCACUGCAGGAGUCCUCCGCUAAUGUAGAGAGCUGGAAGAAACAACUUAGUGCCUGCAAGGAAGAGAGUGACACGCUCAGGGAAAAGAUUACAGAACUAGAAGCUCAGUGUAACGAAGCCAAUCAGGAGAAGCAGAAAAACGCCCAACUGUCUGUACGAGUGCAGGAGCUGGAGACUGAGCUGCACGAAAAAGAGCAGGAGCUGGAGAAUCUGAGGAAGCAGGCCGAGAUAAUCCCUCAGCUGAUGGCGGAGUGCGAGAGCAUCACCGCAAAACUGCAGACUGCCGAGACGAAGAACAAGGAACUGGAGGGGAGGAUUGGGGUUCUUCAGCUGGACAUAGACGACAGUCAACACAAGCAGGGCAACAUGAAGAACGAGCUGAAGAAGUUCAUGGAUACACUGGAUGGAAAGAUAGACGAGCUGCAUGAGCUCCGGCAGGGGCUCUCUAAGCUCGGCGUCGAUAACUGAGUAAAGUGGCACUGAGCUGAAAGGGUCAGAGGUCAGGUACGGAGGGGCUUCACUACAGUACGUCUUCAGGGCAGAAACUAUGUGGCACCUACUCCCCCCGAGGUGAUGUCCACUCAGACACUAUCAGCUUUGGCUUCUAAUAAACAAUACCAUGUGCGAGAGAGAUGUUUUUUGGAGAGGGAGAGAGAGACUGGCAGGAGGAAGGCCAGCAUGCUCCACCAAAUGGCUCCAUUUUGUGUGCUGGCAUUCUGAAACUAAAUCAAGAAUCACACUUUGAGCUUUCUUAUCUGUUUCUGUGUGUGUG